UUAAAUUUAAGGGAAUUUUAGUGAAUUUUAGUGAAAUUUAAGGGAAUUAGUUAAUUUUAAGGGAAUUAGUUAAUUUUAAGGGAAUUAGUUAAUUUUAAGGGAAUUUUAGGGAAUUAGUUAAUUUUAAGGGAAUUUUAGUGAAAUUUAGUGAAAUUUAAGGGAAUUAGUUAAUUUUAGGGAAUUAGUUAAUUUUAAGGGAAUUUUAGUGAAUUUUGGUGAAAUUUAAGGGAAUUAGUUAAUUUUAAGGGAAUUAGUUAAUUUUAAGGGAAUUUUAUGGAAUUAGUUAAUUUUAAGGGAAUUUUAGUGAAAUUUAGUGAAAUUUAAGGGAAUUAGUUAAUUUUAAGGGAAUAUUAGUGAAUUAUAGUGAAAUUUAAGAGAAUUAGUUGAUUUUAAGGGAAUUAGUUAAUUUUAAGGGAAUUUUAGGGAAUUAGUUAAUUUUAAGGGAAUUUUAGUGAAAUUUAAGGGAAUUAGUUAAUUUUAGGGAAUUAGUUAAUUUUAAUUGAAUUUAAGUGACAUUUAAUAUAUAAAUGUUCGUACACAUAAAAAAUUAACGUAAUAAUUUAGUGUAUUUAGUGUUGAAAUCAUAAUAUUGGUUAUUAGUUAAUAAUUUAAAUGAUUGCAUUGAAAUUUAAUAUAUUAAUAAUACUCCACAUAUGUUGGUAAUGUUUAUAAUUUAGAGUUUUUAACCUGUAUAAUUUUUUUAUUAUAAUAUUCAGGCAUAAUGUAUAGACAAAAUAGAAUUUAGGUAUUGUACGGAAUGCAAUCAAAUUUUCUUGAAGGAGUUGAGGAGUUUAUUAAAUUCGCACUUGAACACCCGGCUUAUAUGAGUGGUGUUAAAAUCAGAUUUCCAUGUUCAAAGUGUAAAAAUCUCAAAUUUAAACACCCAGACGAAGUUGGGUAGGAUUUGUACGCGAACGGUUUCGUUCCCAAUUAUUAUAAUUGGACUUCUCAUGGCGAACCUUUGGAUCCAUCUGUUUUACCACAAACGGUAGGUUCGUCUUGUAACGUCCCUGCAGAGAUGAGUGCGUGGGGAGACCCUGCUGAAAUGAGAUGGGGGCAACGUAUGGUAUAUGACGCAUACGGUGCAUCGGUGUCUCAGUUCAACCCCCACAACCAUCUAACGAUCCUCCUGAAGCCUCGACCUCGUAUCAACCACAUGAGGAUGAAAAUCCGAUAUUUUAUAAACCUUAUGUGGAUGAAGGUUUAGCUCAAAGAUUUCAAUAUGUUUUAAAAACAGCCGAUCAACCCUUGUAUGCUGAUUGUGAGGGAUACUCUCAGCUAUCCGCCGUUACAGAAUUUAUGAACAUAAAAGCUGAAUACAGUCUCCCAGAAACUUGCAUGAGUAGAGUCUUGCAGUCAGUAGGCGGGAUGCUACCACGUGAUCAUAACCUUCCCGAUUCAUAUUAUCGCAUGAAACAAUUAAUGUUUAAGUUGGGGCUACCUUAUAUAGAAAUUGAUUCGUGCCCGGAAGAAUGUAUGUUGUUCUGGAAGGAUGAUAAGGCACUUGAAUUCUGCAAGUUCUGUGGUGGAAACAGAUACAAACAUGUUCCUCAAAGUAGAAAGAAACCACGAAAUAGGUCGACAUUAUCUAAACUGUAUUACCUUCCAAUAGCUCCACGACUUCAGAGGAUGUACGCUUCGACUGCUACUGCGAAACACAUGACAUGGCAUGUUGAGCACGAAACAAAAGACGGUGUGAUGUCUCACCCUUCGGACUGUGAAGCUUGGAGACAUUUUGACCGUUGUCAUCCUCAGUUUGCAAUGGAGCCACGAAAUGUGCGACUGGGAUUGUGUUCAGACGGAUUUGCUCCAUUUGGAAGGUUUGGGAAGAACUAUUCAUGUUGGCCGGUCAUGUUAACUCCUUACAAUCUUCCUCCCGACAUGUGCAUGAAAAGUCACUUUAUCUUUUUGACUCUAAUCUGUCCGGGUCCCAAUGAUCCAGGAAAAAAAGAUAGACAUUUAUCUCCAAGCCCUUAUCGAGGAGAUGAAAGAACUUUGGGCCAUUGGGACACCAACAUAUGAUGUUUCAAGGGAUCAAAAUUUUAUAAUUAAAGAUGCCAUCAUUUGGACCAUUAACGACUUCCCUGCCUAUGGCAUGCUUUCGGGGUGGAGCACACAUGGUCUUAUGGGAUGUCCGACAUGCAUGGAGAAAUCAGGUGCCAAUUGGCUAACUUUCAGUAAAAAAACCAAGCUACUUUGAUUGUCACCGCAAGUUUCUCCCGGAAAACCGGACAAAAAGUCUUUCAUUAGAGGUAGAGUGGUACGAGACACCCCGCCCCCGAGAUUGACCGGGGAAGCAAUUUUUAACCGGGUUCGACGAAUUCCUACGGUUAUGCAAGAACCAAAUAAGAAUCCAUAUGGGUUUUGUGAUACUCAUAAGUGGACAAAGAGGAGUAUCUUUUGGGAGUUACCAUAUUGGAAAGACAUUCUCAUUCGUCACAAUAUAGAUGUCAUGCAUACUGAGAAGAACGUGUUUGACAAUAUAUUAAACACAUUGAUGGAUUUCAAAGGCAAAACUAAAGACGGUCUUACAUCUCGAAAAGAUAUGACUAUUUGGUGUGAUAGGCCCGAACUGUCUGUUGAUCUAGAAUAUCAGGGUAACAAUAUUCCAAAAGCAGUCUGGAUAUCAGCGUCUUCCUCGGCCGUACAUGUUGCACGUUGAGCAGACUCCUCAGGUUCCGCAGAUGGGUCAUAUGGGUUAUCAUUCUAACUCCGGAUAUGGUACCAUUCCUGCAAUAGGGUCGACAUUCGGAUCUCUGUCGUCUGAUUUUCUCAAUCAAUUUCAGUCAUCCGGUGGAGGCAGCCGAGGAAGCAGCCGAGGAAGCAACCGAGAAGGCAACCGAGGAGGCAGCCGAGGAGGUUCCCGACCCUUAGACACCGUGGAUGCUGAAGAGGAUCAUCAUCAUGAUUAUGAUGAUAAUAAUGUUGCAUAUGAUUAUGAUGAUCCUAAUUUUUAUCAUAAUGUAGUCCGACGUGCGGGCAUGUAAUAAUACAUUUUUUAAGUUUAACAUUUCAUAUUAGUUUUUUAAUUCAGUCUGUAAUAACAUUUUUUAUGUUUAACAUUGUAUGAAUUUUGUUUUUCA